AAGUUUCCAGAAGUCUUUUGUCGCGGAAAAUAUUUAGAGUUUAGAGAGAUGUGUAAGCAGCGGGUCUCGUGGGGCUCAUCGCGGGUGCACGUGAACAGACGAGGUUGGAUCAGAGUCGAUAGUCGAAGGUGACCGCAGAGAGCGAUUAGAUAUAAGAUACACGAGAAGACAUGGCGAGACCACGUCCGGGAAGUAAAGAGACCACCGUAUUUGUGCUCGACGUCGGAUACCCCAUGGCUGCGAGCAACAUGGCAGUCGCGGAGGGGCAGUCCGAUCUCGAGGCAUUCCGGCCGUAUGUGUAUUCCCUGAUAGGUGCAAAGGUAGCCAGCGGCCGCAAGACUGACUACGUCGGAGUUGUUGGCGUGGGCACCGAAGAAAGCGCGGUCGAGCUCGACGAAGGAUACGAGCACAUCAGCGUCCUGCACCCGCUCAAGCAAUUCCUCCUCUCCGACUUCCGCACUCUUCCUUCGCAGCUCAUACCACCGUCGACCGACGACGUGCAAGGAGACAUAAUCUCGGGCCUGUUGAUCGCGCUCAAAAUGACGGGCGACUUUUGCCAGCACAAGAAGUUUAUCAAGAAUAUCGAGAUUGUGUCGAAUUGCAACUCGUCGGCGGAUUUUUCGGAUAUGGAGGAAAUCGCUGCAAAGAUAGCGAAAGAUGGUGUAUCGCUCAGGAUACUGACGGUGGGAAUAGGCCCAGACGACCUAAACCAGAAAAACGACAAAAUAACAGCUCUACAGCGCGACAACUAUGCAAAACUACAAGAGUUUGUGCGAGCCGCGAAAGAAGCAAACGUGGAGAUUCAAUUGCUCGACUAUGAAGAUAUAUACCGAAAACUAGAUCAGCCCACGAUCAAAAAGACUGCUUCGGUCUCGACAUAUCGCGGGUUGCUCACGCUGGGUGACUAUAAUGGUAAAUUUGAGGACGAGGCGAUUGCGAUUGACGUGCAGAGAUUUCUAUACAUUCAGCGAGCUGUGCCGCCGUCUACGAAAGCGUACCGAGAAGAGGCGGAGGACAGCGCGAAGCCGCGAGCGUUGGAGUGGGAGACUAAAUACUUUGUGCGUAUGAAAGAAGAGGAAGAUGAAGAUGGCGAGAAGGAAGAGGGGGAGAAGGAAGAGAAAAAGAAGAAGGCUGUCGAAGCACCAAAAGGCGACUUGAAGAAGGCGUACAGAUACGGAAGGUCGCUGGUGACGUUUGAAGACGACGAGUACGAGUCUCUGCGGUACACAGCUGACCCAUGUCUCGAAAUAAUCGGCUUUGUAACGCUCUCGGAUUUUAAACCAUGGAUGCUGAUGUCCCCAUCUAGCUUCAUAGUCGCGACCGAGAACGAUCCAGCGGUGUCUGCGCUCGCGCUGUCGAGUCUGAUCCACGCGAUGAAGAAAAGCGGGCUGUAUGCGAUUGCGCGGUUUGUACCGCGAUCGGGCGACCCGCGAAUGGUCGCGCUUGUGCCGGACAUUGAUAUCGUCGACGGCCAACGGAAGUUUGAAGGGCUGGUGCAGACCGAACUCCCGUUUGCGGAGGACGUGCGGGAUUACAGGUUUUCGUCGCUGAAGACGGUGCGUACGAUCAAGGGAAAAGUGCUGACGAAGCAUCAUCGGUUGCCGACCGAUGAGAUGGUGGAUGCGAUGAGACAGUAUGUGAAGGCGAUGGAUAUCUCGCGGCUGGCGGAUGGACUUCCGGCUGCGGAGGAAGAUCCGGAGGGGCAAGAGUACGUCGCGCCCGGGAAGCAGUAUAAUCCGGUGAAUGCGAGGAUCCAGCGCGCGAUUCUGGAUCGCGCGAUAGACCCGAAGGCACCGAUUCCGAAGCUGUCAGAGUCGCUGGUGGAGGACAGCCAGCCGCCGCCGUACUUGGUGGACGCGGUGUCUGAUAUUGCGAGGCACUUGAUUGAAGUGCUGAAUGUGAAGAAGGUUGAGAAACGCGAGUCGUUGAAGGCUAAAGAUCAUGGUGAAGGGGUGAAGAGGAAGGCGGCGGAGUUGGAUCUCGAGGCGUUGCUGGAGGGGAGUAGGAAGCGGAGCCGGGUGGAGGAAGAGAGGUUUGAUAUUGUGCGGGCGAUUGGGGAAUGGAAUAAGCUAGAGGUGGAGGUUAGGGAGGCGCAGGAGAAGCUGGUGCAGAUUUUUACGAGAGCAGGAGAGUACAUUAUGAAUCUACUAGAGAGCGAGGAGACGACGGCGGAGGAGGUUUUGGGUGAGGUGCGGCUACUGAAGACGGUUGCGCAGGAGAUGGACGAGAAAGGGUGGUAUGAGGAGUAUCUGACGCGGUUGGUGGACGCGCAAGGAAUGAGCGGGCGAUGGGCCGGGUUGGAGGCAGAGAUUGAGGCGGAGGGACUAAGAGAGUUUGGAGGAGAGUGAGAAUGUUUGUAUAAUUAGAACGCGUUGUUUGUUUUGAUGAUCGUUGACGCGUCGCAGAAGCCGAGGCGGGCAGGGAAGGCCGCACGGACAGGCGGUCAGAUGACGAGCAGGCGCAGACGCAGAGACGCAGAGAAUGACGCAGUGCAUGGUCUUCACUCUUCUGCGCACAGCUAUUCACUUCUCAUCUUCUCUAAUCCUGAAAACAGCUGCUAGAACUGCACAAGAGCAUCCGCAUCUGUUGGCGGCCAUGUCAUUGCACCUCCCAUUCCAGCACUGAAGCAUCCGGAAACGGGCGGAUCCAGCCACGACUUCCCGAUCGGGCGAGUAAGACAUGUGACCUAAUUUGU